AUUUUAAAAUCGCAAAGUCACUACGGGAAGCCGCGGAGCUCAUUCACUGACAGCACGCUCUUUCCCAGAAGCCUUUCCUCAUAUUGUACACAAUCAUCAUGGCGGCGCAGGAUGGAAGUGAGGUAGUAGGAAUGGAGGCUGAGGUCACGCAGAAGGUACCAGAAGUGUUGUGCGAAGCUGCUGGACAAGAAGAUGCAGCAGGGACUGAACAAGCAUCUCUAACCGAUGGUGAAAGCACAUCAGCUCAGCCCGCUGCUGUCAGCAACGGAGAGGAAAGCGACGAAGGGAAAGAGAUGGUGGAAGUGAAAAUCAUUUGGAACAAAAACAAAUACGACCUUAAAAUCCCUUUAGAUGGCACCGGUGCUAAACUGAAAGAGAAGAUUCACACUCUCACUGGUCUUCCACCUGCUAUGCAGAAAGUGAUGUACAAAGGUCUGCUCCCAGAGGAGAAGACGCUUCGAGAAAUCAAAGUUACAAAUGGUGCGAAGAUUAUGGUGGUUGGAUCUACAAUAAAUGAUGUACUAGCUGUAAAUACACCAAAAGAAGUUAUUCAGCAAGAGGUUAAAGCGGAGGAGAACAAAAAGGAGCCAUUGUGCAGGCAAAAGCAACAUAGAAAAGUUUUGGACAAAGGAAAACCAGAGGAUGUCAUGGCAUCUAUAAAAGGAGCUAAGGAACGUCUGCCAACAGUGCCUUUAUCAGGAAUGUACAACAAAUCUGGUGGAAAAGUACGACUCACUUUUAAACUGGAACAGGAUCAGUUGUGGAUCGGAACAAAAGAAAGAACAGAAAAAAUCCCAAUGGGUUCCAUCAAAAAUGUUGUGACUGAACCAAUAGAGGGUCACGAGGACUAUCAUAUGAUGGCAUUUCAACUGGGUCCGACAGAAGCCUCUCAAUAUUGGGUCUACUGGGUGCCUGCACAGUUUGUUGAUGCAAUCAAAGACACAGUUCUCGGAAAAUGGCAGUAUUUUUAACGUGCCUCUAUAGACACUGAAGAAUUGGGAUUCAGAGCGCAAGAUUGAAAACAUUAACUGGAGCCAACACAAUAAUCUGAAGAACCGAUUUUUCUGAAGUAUAUCCAGAGCAAACCGAAGGAUUGCUAUUGGACAAAAUAUUUUGGGGGUUUUAAGUGCACUAAGUGUCAGCAUCCCGUUUUUUCAAACUGUUUCACCACUCGUUUUUUUUAAAGCAAUCCCAAGCAUAAACAGAAAAUUGUACAGAACUUGCAUAUACAUUUCUCGUAGUUAUUCUGAAAGAAAUAAAAAUUAUUUAAGGAAAAUGAUCGAUGCAGUAGAAAGAUUUUAUCGAGUAUAUUCCUCGGUUUAUCAUACAACUCAAGCAAUCUUGCCAAAGUCGAUAGUUCACACGGUUGUUCAUUUUACAAUCCGCUUUUAUCAUCGCACAGAUUAUAGUUUACAUGUAAAACACCAACGAUGUAACGCUCAGAUUUGGUAUUAAUCAGGUGAAAAGAGCAUUGUUGCAUUUUAUAUGGUUCGAAAAAUUCAACUUUUUCUUCACAAUUUUUUUCAUUUUUAAUAGCACAUGGAGAACUCAUCUCAUUUUGCCUUUCAUCUCAACAGCAGGAGCCUUGAUGCAGAAGUACAACCCUAAAGCCAAGAGUACGGUUGCUCAGCCUCUGUACUUUCAACCACAUGAUACUUUGACAAAGGCAAUAUCUUCUUAAUAUUUCAUGGUUAAAAUGCAGCAACGCCUCUAGGCCCUUACUACUCAGUCAUUUAACUAAGUUUAUGAUGAAUGACUAUUCUGAUCAUGCAUGUUGUUUUUUUCAAACAUGGUGCUAACCGAUGAUAAGCAUUUUUAAUUCAAUAAAGCCCAAAGGAAGGAAGAAUUUCAGUGACCUUUCUGUAAUAAAUUUGCCUGCAUACUGA